AGACCCUCCCCUGCCAGCCCCUCCCCCUGGGUAUAAGGGCCACCUGCCACCUGUCACCAACCUCCAUUCCAGUCCUACUGCCUUCCCAGGACAGCUGCCCAUCCAGCUUCAACAUGGCCUUCGUCCCUGCACCGGGCUACCAGCCCACCUACAACCCGACUCUGCCGUACAACAGCCCCAUCCCAGGCGGCCUCAGUGUGGGAAUGUCAGUUUAUAUCCAAGGAGUGGCCAAGGAGAACAUGAAUCGGUUCGCUGUGAACUUCAUGGUGGGAGGCUCCCCCGGGUCAGACAUCGCCUUCCACUUCAACCCCCGCUUUGACGGCUGGGACAAGGUGGUCUUCAACACGCAGCAGGGUGGCCAGUGGGGCCAGGAGGAGCGGAAGAAGAGCAUGCCUUUCAGCAGGGGCUCCCCCUUCGAGCUGGUCUUCAUGAUCCUGCAGGAGCACUACAAGGUCGUGGUGAAUGGAAACCCCUUCUAUGAGUACCGGCACCGGCUGCCCUUGCAGAUGGUCACCCACCUGCACGUGGAUGGGGACCUGCAGCUUCAAUCCAUCAACUUCCUCGGAGGCCAGUCUGCCCCAAGCCACGUACCCAUGGGUAGGCCGCCUCACUAUCCAGCGGGUCCUGGCUAUGGUGCACCUCCUCCACACAUGAACAACCUGCCCGUCAUGUCGGGACCCCCAGUCUUCAAUCCGCCUGUGCCAUAUACGGGGAGACUGCAUGGGGGGCUCACCCCCCGAAAGACCAUCAUAAUCAAGGGCUUUGUACCCCCCACAGCCAAGAGCUUUGCCAUCAACUUCAAGGUGGGCUCCACAGGGGAACUGGCACUGCACAUUAAUCCCCGUCUGCAUGAGGGCGUCGUGGUCCGGAACAGCCAUCUGAAUGGAUCAUGGGGUCCUGAGGAGAGGAGGCUCCCCUUCAACCCAUUUGGCCCGGGGCAGUACUUUGAUCUCUCCAUUCGCUGUGGCAACGACCGCUUCAAAGUUUACGCCAAUGGCCAGCAACUCUUUGACUAUGCCCAUCGUCUCCCAGCCUUCCAGCGUGUGGACAUGCUGGAAAUCCAUGGUGAUGUUGCCUUGUCCUAUGUCCAGAUCUGAUCUAUACCUGGGCACAGUUCUGGGAAAACAGAAAGAUCCUCUAGGAUUGCCUUCUGAGCACCUAAUAAAGUGUGUAAGUGUC